UCUCUCGCUGCUGUCGCUGUGCCAAUGCGCAGUCUACGUCGUGGGAUAGGUCUUCCAAAAUCGAGGCUGCGCUCAACGCGAUCAUGCGAUUGAGUGACGAACGCGUCAUGCCUGCCCUUUCCCUCUGCUGUUGUGUGCGAUCGGUGACUCUGUGUUCCGCAAUCCCCUUCGCCUUCACCGUACCGCCCUCGAUAGCUCUGCUGUCGGCAAUCAAACUUCGAAUGAAUGGCUGUCAGUAGGAGCGAGGAGAAGCGGGGAGACAAGGAGCGGUGCCCCGUCCAGUAAAAACGCUCUGCAUCGACUAACAGGCGCCGUGGACACACCAUGGCCCAGACCCUUCAGAUGGCAAUCCCAAAUUUCGGCAACAACAUCCUUGAGUGUCUGAAUGAGCAGAGGCUGCAGGGUCUCUACUGCGAUGUCUCCGUGGUCGUCAAGGGCCACAACUUUAAGGCCCAUCGCGCUGUGCUGGCAGCCAGCAGCUCUUAUUUCCGGGACCUUUUCAGCAGCAGCAGCAGCAGUUGCGGCGGAGGCGGUGGUGGCGGUGGUGGUGGCGGCGGCGGCAGUGAUGGUGGAGAUAAUGAGGGUGUCCAGAGCCCCCUGGUGGUGGAGUUGCCCCCUGCGGUGCAGCCCCAGAGUUUCCAGCAGAUCCUGGCCUUCUGCUACACGGGCCGCCUCAGCAUGACCGUGGGGGACCAGUUCUUGCUCAUGUACACGGCGGGCUUCCUCCAGAUCCAGCAGAUCAUGGAAAAGGGCACAGAGUUCUUCCUUAAGGUGUCGUCCCCCAGCUGUGACUCCCAGGGCCUCCAACCGGAGGAGGCCCCGUCCUCGGAGCCCCAGAGCCCCGUCACGCAGACGAGCCGCCCCGCCAACUGCGUCACGCCCCUUUCCCGGGUGAAGACGGAGCAGGCGUCGGGCCAGCCGGAGGCGUCGGCCCACUCGGUGGUGUGCUCGCCGGUGGCCAAGCGGCUGUGGGAGGGGGGCAGCAGCCGAGACGGGGGCUCGGGGGGCGGCGGCGGCGGCGGCGGCGGGGGGUCGAGGAAGGCCGCUCGCUUCUCGCAGCACGAGGCCAUGCGGGGCAGCGCCAUUCAGAGCCCCCCCGCCGGUCUGGGCGUCGCCAUGGGAAUGGGCCCCUCUGUGGGAGGCGCGCUGGCGUCCAUGGUGACGGGCGGUGGGAUGGGCAACAACAGCAACGGUGGCGUCGGGCCAAAUGGGAGCUGCGUGGCGGUGGGGGCGGGGCUUGGCCUGACGGACGGCGCCAGCCCCGGCACGGUGAGCGCCUACGCCAGCGACUCCCCCGUCAGCUACCACGAGGAGGAGGAGGAGGAGGAGGGGGCCGACGAAAGCGCCGAAGAGCAGUACAGGCAGAUCUGCAACAUGUACACCAUGUACAGUAUGCUGAACGUGGGCGUUGCAGCUGCAGGCGAGCGGGUGGAGGCCCUUCCGGACCACACGGAGACACGAGGGCGGAUGCGGGGCCGAGACCUCACCUGUCUGCCCACCGAACUCAUCGCUCAGAUAGGGAACCGCUGCCACCCCAAGCUGUAUGAGGAGGGCGACCCAGCUGAGAAGCUGGAGCUAGUCUCAGGCACCUCUGUGUUCAUAUCGCGGGCCCAGCUGAUGAACUGUCACGUGAGCGCGGGGACCCGACACAAGGUGCUUCUCCGGAGGCUGCUUGCCGCCUUCUUUGACAGGAACACGCUGGCCAACAGCUGUGGAACUGGCAUCCGUUCAUCCACCAAUGACCCAAGCCGCAAACCGCUGGACAACAGAGUCCUGCAUGCAGUUAAGUAUUACUGCCAGAACUUCGCCACCAGCUUCAAGGAGAGCGAGAUGAACGCCAUUGCGGCGGACAUGUGCACCAACGCCCGCCGCGUGGUGAGGAAAAGCUGGAUCCCCAAGCUCAAGCUGCUGAUGGCCGAGAGCGACGCCUACUCUGCCUUCCUCGCCGACGGCGUCAAGAUGGAGGACGACCACCUGGGCGGCGACGCCGCCUUUGACCCCGCCGUACCACUGGAGGUUGGCGGCGGCGGAGGAGGGGGGGUGGAGGCAGGGGGCUCCCCUGGGGAGUCGUCGUUACAGAGCUUGGGCGGGGAAGGUGGGGGCGCGCUGUUCUGAGUGUUUUUGCCUCCGUAGUUUCCCGUGGACGCUUGACAACAUCAAGCAAUAUUCCACCAUAUUUUGCUAGCUCUUUCCUCUUACUGGCCCCUCCCUUACCCACUGCUCCUCCAUGGCCUCCGCAACUGGGCUUUUCCCGCCAAAAACCGACUGUGCUAACAUCGCUGCAUCUGGGGACAAGAACAGGCGGUCUUGUCCUCCAAAUACCACAGGAAGAUAAUACAAAAUUCUGAUCCCGCUGAUAUCAAACAUGCAGUCCGUCGAGGGGCAAAGGAGAUUGGGAGCCUAGGCCACUCGCCUCUUCCUCCGAUGGACGCCGACGUCACCCCGCGUCUCGAUCAUCUGUACACUCCUGCAUAUAAAUAAAUAGCAUUCCUUUGAUGGAUGAGCGUGUGCUCGCGUGUACCUCUGUCCUGCGGUUGGACAUGGUUGGAGGGAUAAUAGAUAGAACUAACAGUGGGUAAAAAGAGUAUUAACUUGCUUGUGGUUUUCCCCUAGUUUCUUUUAUCCUUUCUAAUUUUAUAACAAAAAAAAAAAAACAACGCCAAAUAUUCUUCCUGAUCGCUAUUACUUUUCAAAUCUUACCCGAAGAAAUCAAUCAAUGAAUGUUUGACGUGUUGCACAUUUAAAGUUGGCCAUGUUUGAAGCAAUGAAACGAUAUGAGGGGUGAAGAGUGUGCUUGUGUAUGUGCGUGAGUAAAAGACAAAAAUGAGGCAGAGUGUAAUUGUAGACCCCUUCCAAGAAGAUUUUUGGUUUAGUCCUAUUUUAAGGAGAUACAAUCUAUUUAUUUAGUGCAAAGCCAUACACUGUGUGUGUGUGUGCGCCGAAAGAGAGGGGAUUGUUUAAAAUCUCAACUGAUGCAUUUUAAUCGUGUGUUAAAUUUUCGGUUUUAAAAGUGGUGUCGUUGAAAAGCAAAGAUAUAUUUUUAUUAACAAUGUGGCAUAAUUGUUAGAGAGGGAGAGAGAGAGAGAGUUUUGACUGUUAUCUUUCACCUACAAUUAAAUUACUGUAUUAUUUUGUUAAGUUAGCUAAAGCAUUUGACACCAAUAGUUUCUUAAAUAUAUACAUAUAAAAAAUGUCAGUAUUAGGCUGGUUGGCUGACUUUGCCAUCCCCAAAGUUGUAAUAAAUUAUUGAUUAAAGGAAACUAUACAACUCCCAAUUAUACAAUACUUUCUUUGGAAAAAGGUAUUGUGCUUUGUAAUUUAAAUUACAACACAAAUGCUAGAAGAAUAGAGUGAAGUCAAGAAGUUAUGCGAUCAUUCCCCCCACCACCACUCAAUAUAAGGAAAAUGGAAAAAUUUGGUUGUUUUGUGCGUGUGUGUGUGUGUGUGUGUGUGUCUGCAUCACCAUGAUGUAACGCCUUGUCCUUAAAGGGCUGGGGUUUUGGAUGUUGUGUUUGUGUGUGUAUGUUUGUGUGUUGUGUGUCUGCUUAACACCUUGUCCUCAAAGAGGUGGGGGUUUUCGUAUCCCGUUGAAGCUUGCUGCCGAGCGCGACUGGACAGUGCACUUUUACUUUAUUUUGUAUAGUUAGUGAGGAGGAGAACCUGCACCUUAGUUAGAUGAACAUGCGGUCCGCACACCAUUUACUGACGAGGCUGGGGAAGCUGUGUGGAGAGAGACACGUUUUAUUUUAUUUUAUUUUUAUUAUUCUGCCUGCUGUUUAGUGUGUGUGUGUGUGUUAGAGUGCAUGUAUUUGUUGAGUUCUAACCUAGCUCUGUAAGACACUCGGCACAAACUUCCAAUGCAAUAAAUGCAGAGGGCCACAACGUGCGUGUGAUAGUUAUUCGUGUGCCGCAUAUCCUCUUUUGUAAUAUUGAUUUUAUUAUUUGAAGGGUUAUGACGAAACAUCAAGUUAGCAAUGUGUAAUAUUGUGUGAAACUUUGUCCGUGGGAAAUUGAUGAUAUAUGUUGUGUACUGUAGCACACCAGGGUAAUGAAAAGGUCCAGGUCCCGUUCAGAAUUAUUUUGGCAGGUUAUUAAAAUUAAUAAUAAAAAAAAGACUUACUUGGUUGAGACAUUAUCAGUGUUGAGCGGACUGAGAUGCAUUUUUUUUAACAUUUGUUUGUCAUCAUUUUACUAUUAUUUUUUUCUAUUUACUUAGUAAUAUGUACAAAUAUUUCCUCUGCUAAUGGCCUAUAAAGAUGAGAGAAGAAAACUGACGUUGUGGUGUAAUAGAAAAGUUAACUAGAUUCAACACAAAAUAGAAAACGUAAGUAAUAUUUUACUUUAUUUGAAGUAAGGGAAAAAGUAGUACUACUUUGCCUCUUACUCACAAGAUAGUUGAUAUUUAGUCGACGAUGUUGCACUUAAAAGCAACUGCCAUGAUACAAUUAAGAGCUUUUACGAUUGGUUGCCUGUAAAUUACUUUAUGUGAAUUGUUGACAUUGUUUCAGUUUAUGUAUUUUAUUUUUCUAUGCAUUUUAUUUUCAACAUCUAAAGGGCCCACCUCUGUAAGAAGUCAACCCAUGCACAGCAUGUACAAAUGGUGCCAACUAGGAUUAUUCAACAAGAAGCCCCAUGUCACUACCACAUAUUACAACAUACAUUCUACUACUUGGUUUAAAACCUUUCAUGAAAACUUGACCCAUUAAAACCCAUCCUGUGCCCAGUGA